UUUCCUUUAUUGCACUGCCAUUCUCACCGUACAUAUUAAAUUCCAGAACUUUUCCCAAACUUACUUUGUCAGUGGCUAAAACCGAAUUGUGAGAAGUCAGAAAGUCAAAAGCAUAGCAUGACAAAACAAAAUCAUGAGCAACUGGUGGUGGAGAUGCAAAGGAAUAAUCUUUUUCUUUUAUUUAAACACCUUGGUUUCUCCGUCUUUCUUGGAGACAACAUGUUUCAUCACUCUAACCAACUUAACCCACCAACUACUCUUUUAAUUCCCAACUAAGCCAUGCCUCAUUUUUUCACUCACCCAUCUUCGUUUGUGUGCGCCCUCUCCAAUGGCAGUUCCUGCACCAUUCUCUCUUUCUUCUGAUUCCCUCGCUUCCAACCCUGCCACGUCAAAGAUCUUUAGUCCUGCCGCGCUGAAAUCAGGGAAAUUUGAGCAAACCCAUCUCAGAUUCUUCACGGCAUUGAGGAGAAAUCAAGGUUUCACUUUAAAAGCUUCAAUGGGGCCUUCAGGAUUUACAGAGAAACUUAAUAACAAGAAGCUAGAGACUUUAACUGAAGCAGAAGAUGACUGUGAUAUAUUUAAUGAUCUGAAGGAUAGGUUUUUAAGUUUCAAAAAGAAUAAAUACUUGAAAAAUAUUGAACAGUUUGAAAAUCUUGCAAAGGCUCAAGCACCAAAGUUCAUGGUUAUUGCUUGUGCAGAUUCUAGGGUAUGCCCAUCUAAUAUUUUAGGAUUUCAACCUGGAGAUGCAUUCGUGAUUCGCAAUGUUGCUAAUUUGGUUCCUCCCUUUGAGAGUGGACCCUCAGAAACAAAUGCUGCUCUAGAAUUUGCUGUGAACACCCUUCUGGUUGAGAAUAUCUUAGUCAUUGGCCACAGCUGCUGUGGAGGCAUACGUGCCUUGAUGAGUAUGCAAGAUAAUGAUGAUGAAAACGUUGAAAACAGUUUUAUAAAAAGUUGGGUUGUUGUUGGGAAAAAUGCAAGAGUAAAAGCCAAGGCUGCUGCUUCUAACCUCAGCUUCGAUCAGCAGUGCACACAUUGUGAGAAGGAAUCCAUUAACCAUUCCUUAAUAAACCUACUUUCUUACCCAUGGAUAGAAGAGAAGGUGGCAAAUGAAAAACUCUCCAUUCAUGGUGGUUACUACGACUUUAUAGACUGUUCAUUUGAGAAAUGGACAUUGGAUUACCGGGGAACCAAAUUGGAGGAAAAUGGCAGAAUUGCUGCCAAAAACAAAAUAUUUUGGUGUUGAAGUUUACUUUUAUUUUCCUGUGUAAUGCAUCGUAUUGUUUUUCCAAGAUUUGGUAGGAUUUAAAAGCAUGGGCUGAGUUAUGCAUUUUUGUACAAUUUAUAAGAUAUUUAAAUGGAUUGAAUUGAAUAAACCCUGUUGUAUUGUUGCUUUCUGAA